AUGAAUACAAAAUCAGCCAUGUCAAGGAAUCUAAUGGCGAUGUUCUUCCUUGACGAUCUCAUCAUUGAGAUCAUUACAUUACUUCCUGUUAAACCUCUUCUUCGAUUAAAGUGUGUAAGUAAUUCUUGGAAUAUUCUCAUUUCUGAUCUUACUUUUAUGAAAUUCCAUCUCAAGAAAUCAACAACAUCACCAAAUCCAAAAUUCACAUUAAUCAUUAAUCACCUAAAACCUUUAGAGGGAGAUUAUAGUUUUAGAAGUGAUUGGAGUAUGAUUCCAUAUCCUAUAAGUCAUUUACUAGAAAACCUGUCAGCUACUUUUGUUGUUGAUUCUUACUAUCUUUUGGACAAUAAAGAAUUCUCUAUUGCUGGUUCCUAUAAUGGAUUGAUUUGUCUCGUUGGUCAUAGUUUCACUAAUACGUUUAGUGAAUAUCAAGAGUACUGGUUACGAUUAUGGAACCCAACCAGUAGAAUAAUAUCUCAAAAAAUUGGGUAUUUUCAUGAGUUACAUAGUUUCGUCUUCAAUUUUGGAUGGGAUGAUUCUGCGGGCACAUUUAAAGUAGUUGCGUUACACUACAUUCGUGAUGUACAUACAAGCGAGGUGAGAUUUUUCACUAUUGGUGAUAAUGUUUGA